AUGAAAUUAUUAUUUUCUAUAACAAUUUUAUUUAUAAGUUUGGUUUUUGUUGUUUUAGCAGUGGAGCAACAUCCAACAGCAGUAAAAGAUAUAAAUGUGGAGGAACUAAAAGUUAAACCAUUGCAACCUGCACAUGAUGACCAUGAAGCCAGAGUGAAACGUUUCUUGAACAACAAAGGAGGUGACCAUUUCUCAAAACGAGUUGCCAUCAUAGGUGGUGGUAUUGGUGGUUCCAGUUGUGCCUAUUAUCUUCAUAAUCAACUUGGUAGUAGAUUGGAGAUCACCGUUUUCGAAAGGGAAAUGGUAGGUGGUAGAGCCAGAAUCGUAGAUAUCGAUGGUUCUCCUGCCGAAUUGGGUGGAAGUAUUAUACAUCCACUCAACGAAAACAUCAACCAACUAGUAAAAGAUUUGAAAUUGGAAGUUUACUAUCCAGAGAAAAAUGGUACUAUCUUUUCAAUUUGGAAUGGUGAAAAGAUGAUAUUUCAACAAAGUACUCUUCAUCAUUUAGUAGAUAAGUUUAAAAUGAUUUACAAUUAUUUAUUAGAUCCAAUUAGAUUCAAAAAUAGCAGAGAUGUUGUUGUUAAUAACUUUUUAAAAAGUUAUAAAUAUGAAGAGCCAUUCAAUACGGUACAGGAAUUCUUUGAUAGAAUAGAUCUACCAGAUAUUACAAAGGUAACAGCUGAACAAUUCUUUGUAACCAAUGCAAGUAUUUCGAAACCAUUCAUUGAGGAAAUCCUUAGUGCUGCUAUUCGUGUCAACUACAAUCAAGAUUAUGAUAAGAUUGCUGCUUUCGCUGCAAUGAUUGCUCUUGUUGGUGCAGAGGAUGAUCUCUAUGCAAUCAAAGGUGGUAAUUAUUUACUUGCAAAGAAAAUGUUAGAAAAAUCACAAAGUGCAACUAUCAAACAAAGUGUAAAAACCAUCAAAAAGGAGAAGGAAUCAUAUAAAAUCACUGCUGUCAAUCAAGAAGGUACAGAGAAAGACUAUGAAUUUGAUAUUGUCAUCUUGGCAACACCAUUGGAAUUAGCCAAUAUCAAGCUACAGGAUAUCGAUAAUGCUAAUAAUAUUGUGCACAAAGAAUACAAAACAGUGAAUACUUAUUUAAUUGCUGCCACCUCAUUAAAUCCAACUUAUUUUGGAUUGCCACCAAACGAAAAGAUACCAGAGCAUGUCUUGACAUCUCACAACAAAUCAAUUCCAUUCUUUGUUGCAUCAAGAAAUCCAAGAGGUAUUAUUAAGGAUGGUCGUACAUUAUUCAAGAUGUUCUCAGAGAAUAAACUUGAUGAAGAACUAUUCUCUAAAUUGUUUAAUAAUCAUACUACUCUUAAAUUACAUGCAUGGAAAGCUUAUCCUGUUUUAACACCAACAUCUAAAUUCCCACCUAUUAAGAUCGACAAUAACCUGUAUUAUAUUAAUGCAUUCGAACAUGCUGUAUCUACAAUGGAAACAGAAACUAUUGCAAGCAAGAAUUUAUAA